AUGACAUUUAGCUCUUCGAACCAAAAAAUUAAAAUAUUUGCACUAACCUUGGUAGUAUCAUUGUCCACGGUAGACAGUGUAACGCUGGAUCUAACCCAAGGAGAGGUUCAAUCAUCCAUAGAUGUUUUCGAAGGUACAUUCAGUGACGGAGGGAUUUAUAAAAUGUUUCACUCAACCGAUCACCCAAUCACUGCUGUCGUACACGGGGGAGUCUUCUUAAACCCUGCGAAACAUAUUCCAGCUGAUCCAUUAGAUGUUUACGUCCAACAAUAUAGCCGAGGUGGAACUGCUAUUGUUGAAAUCAGCCAGUUUUAUGCUAAGGAUGGUGGAUUCUUGUACUCUGCAUUUUUCAAAAUUAGCGGCAAUAGGUGCAGGACGACAACUAGGUUACUGAAAAAUAACUUCGUAGGAGGCAGUAUAUCAUUAUCUCUUGAUAUAGCUGCCGAAAAACUACACCCAUUCAUAGGUUCAAAACGUGAAGGGAAUAACCCGUUCACAGAGUAUUCCCUUAUUAAAACUUCUCGUAGUUCCAAAAGUAAAUGUUCUAUCAAUCGUUUAAGGUUGCCUAGCGAAAAACACAAUAUAUCACCUAUUAUCAAUAUAGAUAAAAAUUUUCGUGCUCGCAACAGUCCUCCGCCGUCAGUCAGUUGCCAUGUCAAUAAACUUCAUAUUUCACCAGAAGGUGAUGUUUUACAGAUAUGGAUCUCUAAAGGGAUAAACAGUCUAAAAUAUAUCUUAGAAAUACCACCGACAAAGAACGGAAUUUUCAAACCCCGAAAUAUGUUGAAAUAUCCGCAUACAUUCAUCUCAUCGCCAGCGGAAGCUGAUGUGUUAAGAUCCGUCGGUAUCACCAUAGAUAUUUUCACCAUUCAAAAUGAUUCACCGGCCGUUUUAAUUCUAGCUAACCUUAGAAGGGGUGAUUGGUUGUACCGGCAGUACUGUAUCGCUCCCAUAAUCGAUUUGCGCUUCGCAUUUGUCAAGGUCAUCAAUUCGGAGAGAUGCCAAAUAUACCACAUGACCGAUGAUGUAAUCGUGACCCAUGUAGAAGUGUUCGAUCAUGUAAAACAUGGGUGGCAAUAUGUGGUAGUGAAUACUGUUAAAAAGGCAGGCGAAGGUAUCCUGGCAGGGAAAAAGGUAUAUAAACGCAUAGAUGGGGAACGAAGGUUGACAUACUAUGACCUCAACAAUUUCUGGCAGGAACCAUACCUAGAGAUGCUAUAUAACAUCGAUACCCUUGCACAAAGGCGUGAUAACCACCAUAACUGUGAUUCUAUGAUGGAUCUCUUAUCGCCAUCAUCAACUCUUGACGAAGGGGAUAACACAACGAUUGUAAGUAACACAGAACAUUUUGAUAGCGCUGUUACCAGCACGGUGCGAAUCACCUAA